AUGUUGCUCGAUUUGAAGAAGAAAAUUUAUUUCAAUAAAGGGGAUUUAUUUCAAUAUUUAGCCACGAUAACCGGAGCAUGUUCGAUAAUGAGCUCUGGCAUAAAUCUGGGCUGGACCUCUCCCUAUUUACCGAAACUAAUGUCGAAUUCCUCGCUCAUACCCACCACCAGCGAACAAGGAUCCUGGUGCGCGGUGGCCCCUUUGGUAGGAGCCCCAUUCGGAGCCUUCUCCGCCAUGUUCCUGGCCGAUAAAAUCGGAAGGAAAUCGACUGCCUUGCUGAUGGCGCCGAUAGUAUCCGUUUGCUUCGUUCUGAUCGCCUUUUCCUCGUCGAUUUGGGAAAUUACACUCUACAGAUUCAUAAUCGGAGCCACCGAAGGCGGUUCUUACACCGCCCUGCCGAUGUACAUCGGCGAAAUAUCCGAUCCGAAGAUAAGGGGAUUUCUAUCAUCCACCAUAGCCAUAUUCGCGAUUAUCGGAACCCUGUUCAUCAACAUCAUCGGAUCGCAAAUGGACAUAUUCAUGUCCAGCAUCGUGUGCUCGAUCAUACCGCUGGUCCAUUUCGCGGCGUUCGCCUUCAUGCCGGAAUCUCCUUACUAUUACAUCAAGAAACACAACCCGGUAGCAGCGAGGGAAUCGUUGGAAAUCCUGCGAGGCAAAGCCGCCGUCGACGACGAAAUGGAGGGCCUCUUCAAAGCCGUCACCAGGCAGGAGCGGUCCGAAAAAACCGGUUUCUCGGACUUGUUCAGCGUGCCCGCCACCAGGAAGGCCUCCUGCAUAUUCCUCGUCCUCUGUUUGACCAACAAAUUCAGCGGGAAGAACCCGUGCUUGUUCUACACGGAGGCCAUCUUCAAAGAAAGCGGCAGCAGCAUCGAUCCCACGUUGUCGGUGAUCAUAUACUGCAGCGUGGAAUUGGUGGCGGUGGUGAUCAGCACGUUCUUCAUCGUCGACAGGUUCGGCAAAAGGUUGCUGAUGAUCACCUCGACGGCCGGUUGUUCGCUGUCGGUGUUCCUGCUCGGCGCGUUCUUCUAUUUCAAGGAUUUCCACGUCGGCAUCGUGGAGAAUCUGGACUGGUUGCCCAUCACGGCGUUGGCUUCGUACAACAUUUUGUUCAGCAUCGGAUUGGCCUUCGGGCCGGUGUUGGUGUUGAGCGAGCUGUUUCCCACCAACGUCAAGGCCAAGGCUUUGGCUGUGGCUGAUACUUUUUCGGUGCUGGUUGGUACGGCUGUGUCGAAGUUGUUUCAAAUCACCAUGGACGAGUUUCAUACGAUGUCGGUGCCGUUUUUGUUCUUCUCCGUUUGUUGUGUGAUCGGUCUCGUUUUCGUUGUCAAGUACAUACCGGAGACCAAAGGGAAGACUUUGGAGGAGAUUCAACAGUAUUUGAUCGGGGAAUGUUCGAAUUCGAUUGAAAUGUCCAGAGGGAUUAGAAUUUGA